GGAGAUCGGCGAUCGUCAUACCCAUCCCCCCUGCAACAAUAUCAUGCAGCAAUUCAAAACAUCGUCUCGAUCGGAUUAACAGCACGGACAGAGCUUUGGCAGUGGUCGUAGUGAUCAAAUCCGUUUCACACCAUGCAAGCCAUCAAGCAACUUCAAAGAUAUGCUUUUCGAGCUCCGGACCAGCGCGUAGAUAACCUCGUCGUCGGUGCAGGCGUCAUUGGACUGGCCGUGGGUGCCAGGUUGAGGGAGAUGCGACCGGAUGAGACGACUGUGGUGGUUGAGAGGCACGGAAAGAUCGGGCAGGAGACAAGCUCUCGGAAUUCGGAGGUGAUCCACGCUGGAAUCUACUACCCCUUAGACUCCCUCAAAAUGCGGUAUUGUGUCCGAGGCAGAGAGCUCAUGUACGAGAGGUGCGAACGCCUCAGUAUUCCACACCGAAAGACGCAAAAGAUGAUCGUAGCUACGACGAAAAGCCAGAUCAUGUACCUCGAUCGGCUUCACUCGGAUCUCCAAGAACCGAUUCUCAACGACCCUUCCUACUCCCCCUCGGGCGAAGGCGUACCGACGUAUUUCAUUCUGCCAAACGAAUGCAAGGAUAUGGAGCCCGACCUGGGCUCAAACGUGUUGUGCGCAAUGUUGAGCACGGAGAGUGGGAUUGUGGACAGUCAUGCCGUCAUGGACUCGCUACAGGCCGAGAUCCAGGAAGAGCGGGGUGAGGGGAGCGGGAGUGUAGCCCUGGGUACAAAGGUCGUAAGGAUAGAUCCAGACAAAGAAGGUUGGGUGGUCCAGACCAUCACAGGGGCGUCCUCUCAACCGGACGCUAUCCUAACGCGUAAUCUCGUCCUCUCGGCGGGGCUUAGUUGUGUCAAUCUGUUGAACCCAUUGUUGCCGCGACACGAACAGUUGACAGCGCAUUACACAAAAGGCUCGUACUUGUCUUACAAGGGUCCCGGUGUCGGAUCAGUCUCGAGAUUACUCUAUCCAUGUCCGGAACCAGGUCUAGAGGGUUUAGGAACGCAUCUAACGCUGGACUUGGCGGGAAACGUCAAGUUUGGACCCGACGUCGAGCCUAUCGCCAGGAUCGACCCAGUAGACAAGCCUGGGAUGGACGAGGAUCAGGAUCAGGAUUGGUGGGAACGGCAUUUGAGGCCGUCGGAGGGGCGUAAGGAUGAGAUGGCGCGGGCUAUCCAGGAUUACCUACCUGGCAUCAACCCAGACAACUUACAACCCGAUUAUGCUGGUAUCCGACCAAACUUGUCCCCGCCAGGCAGCGGGUUUACCGAUUUCCACAUCAACUUUGACCCGGAUUCACGUCCCGGUCUGAUGGCGCUCUGCGGGUUCAACUCGCCAGGGUUGACGAGUAGUCUGGCAGUAGCGCAGGACGUCGAGGCGUCGCUGCCUAGGAACUAGCGGCAUCGAGCGAUAUGAAACAUGUCGACUCUUGAUGCUCUGGUCUUUGCGUGCGGCUUCAUUGGCUGGUCGGGCAUUGUCGUUAUCGGAUCGGGCCUUUUGCAUGAUCACGUGACAGAAAGCUGACGUUGACCGAUGGGCAACUCACUGAGUCUCGUUCAUGAAAGACUGAUAUUCAGCCAGUCACUAUCACUUUGGCUUGAAUAGCUGUUACCUUGUAGCUAGACC